AUGAAAUUCAUACCCUCCGCGCCAGCCUGGGAAAGGAAACCAUCCAUACCCGUCUUCAUGAGGGGAUUUCCAACGAGCCCCUCCCACAAGUGGGAUUCCCUCCCAGGUUCGCCACCCGCGGCCUGGGACGAAAAGAAGGAGAUGCUCAUCCGCAGCACAGCAAUAUCCCUUUCGAUAGCCCGGCGGCGGCGGUUUCCACUCCUCUUAAUUGCAACUUUACUCCUCACAUCUAUAUUCUACAACCAGCGGUAUCAUCCGUUUGCGCCGCCGCCGAGGGACGCGCAUCCCAGGGGAAAGGGCAGUUUCGAUGGGACAUGGAAUUAUACGCGAGAUGCGAGGAACCUGAUGCUGAGCGAGAGCCAGUGUUUGCAGGCUUUCCCGGAUCUGUACCAUGAGAUUGAUAGGGCUGUGGAGGAUAGGAGGAGUAGUCAUGUUACGUUGAAGGAGAUUGAUGAGAUGCCUGUAGCGAAUGGAUAUCUAAGGGCGAUGAUUUACGACCAGCAGUUAUACAUGAUUAACGCCACCAGCGGAAUCAACAGCCGCGGCGAAGCCUCCCUCCACGCCCUCCACCGCGCAAUCCUCACCUCCCCCGAACCACUCCCCAACAUCGAAUUUACCAUGAUGGUCGACGACCUCGCGGAAUCCGCCAACCCGCGGUGGACAUACUCUCGGCAAAAAUCCAUGACCUCCCUCUGGCUCAUGCCUGACUUCGGAUACUGGUCAUGGCCGGAACCCAAAAUCGGCGCCUACAGCGAGAUCCAGAUGAAAGCCGAGCAGAUGGACGCAAAGGUGCCGUGGAUGCGCAAGAUCGAUAAACUGAUCUGGCGAGGCGCGCACUUGAAGCUGCUUGUGCGCGAACAGCUUGUUAAUGCGAGUCGAGGGAAGAGCUGGGCGGAUGUGAAGAUGAUUGUCUGGGAUGAUAAUGCGAAGGGGACGGCGCAUGAUGCUUUCACGAUGGAUGAGCAUUGCAUGUAUAAAUUUGUUGCGCACACGGAAGGAGUGUCGUACUCUGCUCGCCUACAAAACCUGCAGAAUUGCCGCAGUGUGAUAGUAUCGCAUAAGCUUUCUUGGUUGCAGCACCAUCACCAUCUCAUGGUGUCGUCUGGUCCAAACCAGAAUUUCGUAGAAGUCGCGAAGGACUUCUCGGAUUUGGAGAAGACGAUGGAAGGACUGUUGAGCGGGGAAGGAGGAGGGGGGAAUUUGAAGGCCGAGAAGAUUGCGGAGAAUAAUGUGAAGACAUUUAGGGAGAGGUAUUUGACGCCUGCUGCGGAAGCGUGUUAUUGGAGGCAGCUGAUUAGAGGAUGGGCGACGGUUAGUUUCGAGCCGAGCUUUUAUAAGGAGAGUACGGGACAGAAGGAGCAGUGGAGAGGGGUGCCGAUCGAGAGUUAUCUGCUGAUGAGGCAGAUUGAGUGGAAUUAUCAAUAG